ACAUCCGGCAACCCUGCGUGGCCGGCGGGUAUAUAAAGAGUGGAAUGACAAUGGCGGCUCAUUUCCUUUGCCGAGAAGAUGGUUCCCUUCCUGUACGUGGUGGUGGCUGCCGCCCUCGCCGUGCCCCACACACUCUCCCUGGACCAAGAGGUGGACUUGACGGUCGGGCCGGGCUGUGUGGAGGGUAACUUGGUGUACCCAGCCCCCCCUGACUAUGUGAAGUGCCCCGACCCUGAUGAAGCUGAGACGACCCUCAUCACUAAUUAUGACGACUGCUCCUCAUACUUCCGGUGCUACGACUUGACGCCUAAGCUGGAGUGUUGCCCGAAGGGAAUGUUGUACGAUCCGCCCAUGAGAGUGUGUGACGACCCUCCCCACGUGGACUGUGGCACCAGACCCAUCCUAGACUACCCCCCCACCACUACCACUACCACCACCACUACCACCACCACCACUACUACCACCACCACAACGCCUGAAUCCAGCUCCACCAGCUCCACCAGCACAGAGAUUUCAAGCACGCUAGUUCCAGGUAUAGACCCGAAGUGCCACGACAUGCCUGGCUACACGGGGCGCCUUCCUGUGGAGAACGACUGCACCAUGUACUACCAGUGUGACGGCACUGUCUCCGGCAAUAUCAAAAUAUUCCAUUGUCCAGUGGAUAAGGAUUUCGGCCAGAUGGUGUACGAUCCAACGACUCAAACGUGUGAUUUCCAGUGGCGCUACCCUUGUGACGACCAUAAGAUACACCCACGCUUCCCGUUUUAUUUCUAUUGGCUCUAAUUGCGUGGUUUGAGGCGUCUUUUCAGUUCUCCUGAGACAAGGGCUUAGAUUCUAAAGUCUUAGGAGCUCCGCCCACUUGACAACUGGAAAACUGACCAAGCGGGAAAAGUGUUGUGCAAUUCAUUGGCGACGUGUCCCUCACAGAGACAGCAGCAGCCCGAGUCACUCGCUCUUUGAAGUGUAAGCUGCUUAGAAGUGAGCAGCUGGUCUUGCAAGGCUUGUGAGGUUAUCACUUGAAUAAAGGUAAUCAUAUAGGGCCGAUUAUUUGUUUAUUUAUCAGAUGGAAGAGAAGGACAGGCAGACACAUUGGUUACUCUUGUUCAAUGGUUGUUACAUCGAAAUAAUGCCUGGUGAAGCCAAACAUCAUAGUGAAAUUUAUUGAAUGGUCUUGUACAUACGGCAGUAAGUGAGUGGCUGUGUCUCGCUCCGCCCCGCUGCCUGCCUCUCUCUGCCGUCGGCCUCUCUCUGAUUCCCCUGGGAGCUAAGGAAGGCUGCGUCACUAGUAGUUAGUUGUAAGGUCCCGCAGCUCCCAGGAGACCUGCGCGGAAGGAAAGUGUGGGAGAAUGACUGUUUCCUAAGCACUUCAGAAGAACUGAAAAAGACGCCUUUGAUAGUCAGUGGUGGUGGUGGUGGUGGUGGUGUCUUGUUAUGAUUAUUGCUCCUUUUUAGUUCUUUAAUCUUAUUGCUACUACAACAACAACAACUACAACUACAACUACUACUACUACUACUACUACUACUACUACUACUACUACUACUACUACUACUGUUACUACUACUACUGUAAUUGCAAGCAUUCGUGUGGCGUUGUGGUCCUCGAGGUAAUGUUUUUGAGUGAAUGAAUAAGUGAAUGAACACAAAUUAAUGAGGA